GGAGAAGAAAAGGAGAAUGGAGGCGGCGAAAGAAUUGGAGGAGGUAAAGAAGCAAAGAGCGUAGAUGGCAACGCAGGUGGACCUACUGGGGAAGAUGGAGAUCAUGGCGAGAAACAUAGAGCGCCUGGCCCAGGUCCAGGAAGAACAAUAUCUGUUUGGUAGAGGUCGGGACAUUGCCUUGCGCUCUAUACGGUCGGGACUCAGGGACUUUGCCAGGGAAUUAGCGACGCAGGUAGGCUCAAAGGUGAAGGCCCGCCUAGAGGGCACUAAGCGUUAUUGCACGAGCGCCAUAGAAGGCACCAGACUGACUGCUCCCAAGGAGGCGGAAACACGUCCCCGAAGGGAGCCUGUCAAGGUCAAGUUCUCUGACUCCUAUAGCGGGAAGAAAGAGGAAAAUUUUGACAAUUGGGAAGCCAAUGUCAAAACCUAUGUACAUUUGCAGGUCUCCCCGGACGAGCAUGUCCUUAUAGCCGUCCAUGCCCUCCGAGACGAAGCAGCAAGCUUUGCCCGUUCCUUGUGCCGCGCUGCCAACUGUAAUGAUGAUUUAAUCGCUUAUUCUGCAUUCACUCCACUCACUGACUUCCUUAAGUUAUUGCACGAACGAUUCACAGAUGUCUCACGCAGUGUCAAAGCCUCCGAUAGAUUGCAAACCAUCCACUCACGUCAGUGGAAGAGUGCGAGAGCACUCAAGGGGGUGAUGGACGAGCUAGUCGUCGUCCCGGACCAUGGGGUCACUGAGACCGAACUGCUCAACCUCUUCUAUCGUGCAAUGCCCGAACAGCUGCGCGGACAUUUCUUUGAGAAAAGUCAGCAGCCUACCAUGACCUACGACGCUUUGAGCAGGGAAGUGGUAGCCUUUGAAGUGCGGUCCAUGUCAAUCUCCACUUUUUGGCAUAAGGACCUAGACAAGGGCAAAAAAUGGAAAGGUCGCACCAUCUCAGGACUGGUCAAGAGCAAGGAUCGCUUGAUCCUUACUUUAGCUGAGGGUGGUGUAGACGAAGUCCCCUACGAGCAGAUUGAGUGGGGGCUUGAGGAAGAGGACAGUAGCGUUACCGGGGCAACGCUCCAUCUGAAGGAGCACGAAUGUAGACUCCCUCGUUCUGCAGGCGAGGCUAAGACUGCCCGCCUGUUUCAUGUGUCAGGAGUAGAGAAUUCCUUGGCACAUUGCUGCCUUAGUGCCCCUGCGUUCGCCAGAUUGGUGAAGAAGGAGAAAUUAGAGGAACAUGUCUUUGUUGCCUAUGUUAGGCCCGUCACURAGCCUACGRAAGAGAAGCCGAUGGACCCUGCGAUUGCCAAGCUGCUGGAAGAGUUUAAGGAUUUGACUGAGACGCCGACAGGCACGGUGCCGCGGCCUAUUGAGAUAGAGCCUGGCAGUAGAACUCCUAAGGGUGCGGUGUGUAGGAUGUCCCCGCUGGAGUUAGAGGAGCUGCGGAAACAGUUGGACGAGCUCCUUGAAAAGGGUUGGAUUAGGCCCAGUUCGUCUCCUUUUGGAUCCCCUGUUCUCUUUGUCCCUAAGAAAGAGGGAGAGCUGAGGAUGUGUAUAGACUAUAGGGGUCUGAAUGCCAUUACAGUGAAGAAUGUUGAGCCACUGCCUAGGAUAGACGAUCUUUUAGAUCGAGUGCAGGGGGCGAAGUAUUUCUCCAAGAUAGAUUUGAAGUCCGGAUAUCAUCAGAUAGAGGUACAUCCUGAUGAUCAGUACAAGACGGCCUUCCGGACUAGAUAUGGGCACUACGAGUUCAUAGUGAUGCCCUUUGGACUAACCAAUGCGCCAGCUACGUUCCAGCGCUGUAUGAACGAUUUGUUUAGACAGUGUGGCAGUACAUUCAAAGGAAGGGAUCCGUCCGGCAAGUGCUCCACUGUUAAAGGCGUGGAUGGAAGUUGCCAUCGUCCAGGAGACGCUGAAGACACUAUUGUUGCAGAAUUGGAGAAAUCGGCAUUUCACAGAGAUGGAAGAGCCCGUGCACUAGCAGCAGCUAGGGAAACAGCAAACGCCGCAGCUAGGGAACAGGCUGCAGCAACAGUCAGGGCAGCAGCCAUGACUAGUUCAGCAGCAUCCUCUGCUGCGUUGUCUGGGACCAAUGGGACCCAGUUGGGAAUGCCAACAGGGUCCACGGGUACUUCCAGUUCGUUGGGUUCUCGUCAGUCUACAAGUCAAAUGGCGGGCUCGCAGUUCAGCCCGUUGACUCCUCGCAAAAGGGAGCUCAGGGAGCUCCAGCAGGUCGAAAGAAUCCGUGAACAGUUAGAGAGGGACCUGAAGAAAGCAACCGAUAGAGAAAGAGAGAUUAAAAAUAGAAGAGCCAGGCAUGAUACUUUAGAGGCUGACAAAGCGGAGUUAGAGGGUUUGGAUGAGUCAGCAUUGUCUGACCAAAUGAAAGUACUGAAGAAGAAUAUGUUGUCGUUGCAUGUGCACAUGGACAGCAGAUUAGACUUCAUGCAGAGCACUCUUGACCAGAUCUUGGACGUUCUGACAAGGCCAGGAUUUAGGCCACCUGCACAAUCGUCGACGUCGUUAUCGACGAUGUCAGGCCCCUUUCCCAUACAAGCUGGCACACAGCCAAGUGGUAUGUCUGCAGCAGCCGCACAGACUGUUGCAUCUUCUUCUUCGGGUCCAGCGGUGGGAGCUAUACCACCGCAACAACCAGUUCCUCAACAGGGACAGCCGCAGGGUCAAUGGUAUCCUAAGACCCCAAUGAAACCGCCUCUUGCCUUCUCAGGUGAGAGAAAGGACGAAGAACUCAACACUUGGUUGAGAACAGUCCCGGUUUGGGUGAAGGCCAAGAGGACCUUGCUGGAGGACGGAGUGGUUACUGCUGCAUCUUACCUCGAGGGUAAGGCAACCAAGUGGCUAGAUGGUGUAGUUGUAAAGGCCGGGUACGUACGACGCAUGGCAGACUGGGCUAAGUCUCUUACGUUAGACCAGUUCAUGAAGAUGGUAGAAGCUCGAUGGCAUAAUCCACAGGAGGCACAAAAAGCCACCGAUGCGAUUAACAGACUAGACCAACGAAAGUUCAAGUCGGUCAGAGACCUUACGACUACUGUAGAGAGUCCGAUCCUCGUUCCUGGCAUCAACUACAGUGACCAGUUCCUGUUGACUACGUUUGUUAGAUGUCUUCUAGAGAACAUCAGAAACUUGCUGGCCAGCGAGGCACGCAUCGAGUACCAUUCGUUUGAGACGUUGUCUAGAAAAGCCUUAGAUUUGGAGGCCACUCUAGGCAAUGCUCAACCCUCUCAGAAUGACACGAAGAAGAAGAAGAGUCCUCAGGAGUGGAAGAAGAAGGGGGCUAAGUUGAUGAUGGUUGAGUCCGAUGGGACUCAAACGGAAAUUGACGAGCUCACUGGCCUGAUGGACUAUUCAGAGUACGACGGCGAGGAGACCGCUGAGGGUAGCACCCUUGCCGCAGUUGUAAGGGCUAAGGCAGGUGGCCGAGGGAAGGGCCAACCAAAGAGUCAAGGGAAGGCCGCCUCCAAUCAGACCAAAGUGGCUGAUUGGGAUGGGAAGAAGUUGAGACCGAUUGAGUACAUGAGCAAGAAGAUGCCAUCAAAGAAGUUGGCAAAGUCCACCUACAAAAGGGAACUCUAUGCUCUAUAUAAAGCACUUGUCCAUUGGAGACACUUCCUAUUGGGAAGGUUCUUCUAUCUGAGGACUGAUCAUCAGACCCUCAAAUGGAUCAAGACUCAACCGGCUUUUUCUGACGCAUUCAAGCGAUGGAUUGAGGUCAUAGACCAAUAUGACUUUAAGCUUGAAUAUCUGAAGGGAGAGUACAACAAGGUUGCAGAUGCGUUAUCACGUAGAGCAGACUACCUAGGUGCGCUGGUUUCUGACUUUGGCAUAUAUGAAGAAGUAACUCAAUCAUUGGUGGGAGCCUAUCAGGAAGACCCUGUCACGAUGGACAUCAUGCGCAAACUUCAGGCAAAAGACAAGGCCACAAAAAGACAGAGUGUUUCCAUGGAUUUCAUGGACACCCUGCUGACUAGUAAGAGUGGCAAGAGGCACAUUUUCGUCAUCAUCGAUCGAUUCACCAAGUACGCUAGACUAGUGGCCAUGCCAGAGACCGCAAGGACUGACUAUGUCAUCAAGUUGUUCAAGGACAACUGGGUGCGUGACUUUCGUUUACCAAAGUCAAUCAUUAGUGACCGAGAUGUCCGAUUCACAAGUGAACUGUGGAAGAAGACUGCAGAACAGAUGGGCAGUCAACCUCAAAUGACUUCAGGGAAUCAUCCCGAAGCCAACGGACAAGCCGAACAAAUGAACAGAGUUGAACAGCACUUGCUGCGGCAUUACAUCAAGCCCAGCCAAGAUGAUUGGGAUGAGCAGUUGCCUCUUAUCGCCAACUUGUACAACAAUGCUACCCAUAGUAGUAUCGGCGUUAGUCCUAAUCAGUUGCACUUGGGAUGGAAGCCUAGAUCAGCACUAGAGUUCCUCCUACCUGAAAACCGACCCGCUGCAACUCCAGGCACACUUGAGUAUGGUGUGCAGUUUGAGAAGUUGCUACAAGAAGUUGUCGAGCACAUGAAGAAAGCUUAGCAAGCAAUGAUUGCUUCUGAGAAUCAACAUCGUAGACAGUC